AGACCUCCGUUCAACACUUUCACUCCUCGAAGACCCAUGGCGUCGCCGCUCCUCUCCCUUCGGCAAUCACCCCUGCCACCAGCGUCCAUGAGCUUCUCGAGUGUCCCGUCUGCACAAACUCUAUGUACCCACCAAUCCAUCAGGAUCGGGGAGGAUACGGCAAUUCUAUGGCACUCGCUUGUUGCAGUUCAAUGAUCCCAUUGUUAAAAAUCAUGUUAUUUUGACGGUGCCUUGGAAUUUCUUUUCUCCUUUCUUAUGUUCCUGAUCAUUUUUACUAAAUUGAUUGAUCUAUAUGUGUGGUUUUUCCUUCUCUUGAGUUUUGAGGAAUCGGUAUAAUGACUUCGAAUUGUAUUUUGUGUAUGUGGAUUUUCAAUGUUCUAAUGUUUUAGGUUUUCUGUUGAUAUUUCGGCUACUACCACUGUGCACAAGUAAAAGGUCGUCCUUUGCAGUAGCUAAAUGUUUAUUCUGGAAUGUGUUUUCUCAAGAUUUCGAUUCUUAUAUGCAAACCCUUUAACCACGGUCCUAUCGAUUGUUAUCUGAUCAUCUGCUUGAUCUUAUUAUAUCGGUCAAGAAUUGCACUAUUUGAUUUUUGACAUUUUCUGGUUAGAAUGCCACACUUUUAACUAGCAUCAACUGUUAGCUGAAAUUUCCUAGUUUAACCUGUACGGCUGUAUGUUAAUGUUAUUGUUAAUUUUUAGAAAGAUUUUGUAGAAAAGUAAAUCUAUUAUUUGUCAGUCACUUCAAAAGGAAGUUAAUUUGAUGUUUCCAAAAACUCACUGUCUUGCUCACCUCAUUUGCCUACUUUAGGAGUCGAGUAUUUUAGGCAAAUAUACAUUAUGCUUAUGAUAUUUAUUUUGAUAAAUUUUGUAAGUUAUAUUCUCUUAUUCCCUAGCUUGCUACAGAAUGAUCAGAUGUUUGAAGUUUGAACAAUGAACAGUCUGGGACCUUUGAAUCUUCUCCCUGCCUAUAAACUUCUCUUAGUUGAAUGAAACUGAUAACUUAUUCAGUAAUUGGCAUAUUGACUUAUCAAUUGGUAAUUUAUAUGUUGAAUCCUAGCCAGAAUAGUAUGUUACUUGUCCUUCAUGACUUGUUGGUUUUCAAAGUUUUCAAGGAAUAUUUUUCUUCCAAUUAUUUGAUUGAAUUGCAGCAUAUAUAGUUUAUAGAAUUAUAUUUUAGAAAUGCAUACUUUUGGACUAAUACUUACUGAUGGUUGACUUGAGAAUUGUUUGAAGUCAUACGUAGCAGAAUCAUCCUUACUUUUAAAUCCUAAAGAUUAUUAUCAUUUUUAAAAUCAUUAGUUAAUUGUGUGCCAUCUUUAUUACGUUGAGUAGUCAGCAUCCAUAGUAUUCUUUAGGUACUGCCAACUAUGGAUGCUCAAAAUUAACUAUUCCAGACCUGAGGAAUACAUAUUAUUUUGUUAGGAAAAGCAAAGGUGACAGCUAACACUUAUUUAAUAAAGAGAGAACAAUUAUUACACCCAUAAGAAAGUGUGAGUGCAGCUAAAUAUAUUGAAGGAUGAAAGAAAAAUACUUAAUUACUUUCUGAUAAAUCAAGUGGCAUGGAUGGGACAAUUUGCUUAGUUAAUUAUUACUGGAAAACCAUGUUUUGCUAGCUAAACUUAUAGUAUUCUGGUAUUUAUUCAAUUUUAUUUAAGAGAGGAUAACAAAAGCUAAUGUGACAUUUUGGAGACCAUUAUUGUGGUCUAGUUUUUAUGUUAUCCAAGUUCAUAUGAAUAAGAAACCACAGAUGGAUUAUGUUUAUUCUGACAUUGACAAAGUUCAAGAGCAAAUAGAUAAGAUUCAACUUUGAGAAGCACAAUUGUCAAAGGAUAUUUAUUAGGCAAGUACUUUAAAUGUUUUUUUAUCGUGAAAUAUUUAUUUCAUUUUGUUUUCUAAUGGCACAUAUUUGUUUUUCUAUUUUAUAUUUGUAAUGAACUAUCUUAAUAUUAUUUUUGAAUAUCGUUGCAAUCUCACAAUAAAUGAUUACCAACUCUGCAUAAUGUGAUUGUCACGGUGUAUUAAUUGACUGUGGACAUUAAGUGCAAAGACCAUGUCUUCUACGAGGAUUUCAAUGGUUUUGGUGAAAACCUGCCAAUCAAAUAUCAGUACUAUGGAUCUUCAUUUAUAUGUGAAAUUUUAUUUAUCUUUACAUAUUCUUUAUUGCUUUUUUAGGAAGAUUGAUCUGAUUGAAAAAUUUAAUGUUUUGGCUGAGAAGAGAAUGUAAGAUGGUUGAUCAUGAAGAAUUUACAUGAACAAUCUCCUCAAACAACUGUGUCAUAAUGCAACUAUACUGGAGUACAUCCCCGAAGGAUACCAACCAGCCCAUAGUAGUUCUAAUUGGUGUCUAUAUAAUGUAACCUGAGGAAUCCUAUGAUUAGUGGCACAUGGAUGAUAUAUUGAUGAGCGAGUGAAAGAUGAUGACAACAAACAGAAUGAGCAUGGAGUAUCAAUUAGUCUUACUUGGAAAUUUUUUGACAUGGGAUGAUUUUGAGUUGCUGGAAAUGAUGCUUAGAUUUUGGAUGAUUUGAAUAUAACUGGUGUCAGACAAUCCAAACUCCAAUGAAUAAGGUCUUGGGUUGGAUUUGUUUAUUGUCUUUUAUAAUUUGUGGUGUCAAACGUUUAUUCUAGUACCUAUUGAGUUAAUGUUACUAUGCAUAUACUUUUUUGUGACAUUUCCAUAGCUGAAAAGAAUUUGAAGUGAAAUUGGGGGGAAAUACAAGAGGUGGCGAGGGACCAAAUCAGCACAUUAGCAGACCAUCUCUAUCAAAUCAUGUCAAAAUGGGCACACACUCUGUUCAACAUGUAAAACAAUGGUGCACAACCGUUGCCCUACUUGUCGCCAAGAGCUUGGGGAUAUCAGGUGUUUGGCACUGGAAAAGGUGGCUGAGUCACUUGAGCUUCCUUGCAAGUACUAUCCACUUGGAUGCCCUGAAAUCUUCCCUUACUACAGCAAGCUGAAACAUGAAGCUCAGUGCAACUUUAGACCAUACAAUUGCCCAUAUGCAGGAUCUGAAUGCUCUGUCGUCGGAGAUAUCCCUUUUCUGGUUACGCACUUAAGAGAUGAUCACAAGGUAGACAUGCAUACGGGAUGCACAUUCAAUCAUCGAUAUGUUAAAUCUAAUCCUCGAGAAGUUGAAAAUGCCACAUGGAUGUUGACUGUUUUUCACUGCUUCGGUCAGUAUUUCUGCUUACACUUUGAGGCCUUCCAGCUUGGGAUGGCUCCUGUUUACAUGGCGUUUCUACGCUUUAUGGGGGACGAAAACGAAGCCAGAAACUUUAGCUACAGCCUCGAGGUUGGGAGCAACGGAAGGAAGCUAAUAUGGGAAGGAACUCCCCGAAGCAUUCGCGACAGUCACCGUAAGGUUCGUGACAGUCACGAUGGGCUCAUCAUACAGAGGAACAUGGCACUCUUUUUCUCGGGAGGCGACAGGAAAGAGCUGAAGCUGAGGGUGACAGGCAGGAUCUGGAAGGAGCAGCAGAACAAUGAGGCCGGUGUUUGCAUGCCAAACCUCUUUAGCUGAAAACUUACGACAUUCAGUCCGGUUGUUGCUGUAGAUGUAACAUGAAACAUGAAAUUCUACGACCUUGUUAUAUUUUAAACACUUGGGUUCAUGUGGUUCCAUAUUUUCGAUAGAAUGAAAAUGUGACAAUAGGUUUAUAUAUUUAGGAUA